AUGGGGGAUCGCAAAGUCGAGCUAUACCUUAACAAUCCGUCAAAGACACUAAUUGCAAAGCACCACCUCGCGCAUUAUGGGAUACUUCAGGCCGCCAGACCAGCAUCUUUGGAGAUCUUUGGGGAAGGGGAGGGUGUGGUAGAUAUGAUUUUGACUACGUUUGUGUACAUGGAAAGGCUUAGAAGUGAGAAGGAGCGGAGGGCGAGGAACUCGGACAGCGGAGGCGCCUGGGGAAAUGGAGGAGGAGGCGGAGGCGGAGGAGACUAA